CGAUCCUCUACCAUCAUCAUGGCGCAAUUUUCCACCAUCCAAAUAAUUGAAACUAGUUUAACUUUGCUUACUUCUAUCCCUGUUGAUCAAUCAUAUCGGUGUACACGGUGUCUUACAGUGUCCAUGAUCCCUCUCAUGAUCAGCGCUCGCUAGCGCUGAUAGCCCCAGCGUUGAUCUGUGUUGCGACGCUUGGCGUAUGUUAGCAUAGCACUAGCCAGGUCCCCGGCACCGUACUUUGCAAUUGCUGCACAGCGUUCGGUUAUUACGCGUCCUUAUAUACGCACGACGAGCAGCACGAUCUACAGCCCACCUAGUGUGUCGCACGAACUUGAUGAGUCACGCUACCGCUUUGUAUGUUGACGCUGGCCUUCAGGCAUCUAAGUACUUCAAUGUCGGGACAUUUGCAAUUUUAAUUUUCGACUACUACAUCACUCUAGAGGCAGAGUCGCUGUCGGUCUGGCACCGCAAAUGGACGUUUUUGCUUUUUGCGACAGUUUCUUAUGGCGGCCGAUGGAAAGCUGCGCUUCGAACACAAUACUAUCCUGGUGAAAGUUGUGUUAGAUUUGGACAAGCGUCCAACGUGUUGCACAUCAUCUGCAUUAUAGCUGCAGAAGGAUUGCUAAUAACGAGGAUCUACGCUUCCUGGAACAGUAAGCGUCUACUGACAUUCCUACUAGUCUUUCCCGUAGUUUGUUUCAUCAUCUCUUAUAUCAUCUCGGACACUCCCCUAGUCUUCAAUUCUUCGAACACGACCCAAAUUAACCUACCGAAUCCGGGUAACUGUCUUUUCGUGGGCGGGAGAAACAACGUCUUCGAGUACGCUGCUUUAUUACUCUAUGAACUGGUCCUCCUGUGCUUGAUGUUGUUCAUCAAAUCCAGAAGAUACAAAAAUACUGUCGGACCGCUUCAAGAAACAUUUUUCAAUGAUUCUGUGAGAUAUAUGAUUUGUAUCAUGAUCACGUCUUCGUUUAGUAUCAUUCUGACUAUGGUUCCCCCGAUUACAUGGGUUUCUAUCACAGACUCUCCACAGAUCGUCAUCCACAGCGUCCUCGCAUCUCGGAUCCUUUUCAACCUACGAGAAAGUGAAGGACGCUCGCGAAAUCAUACAAUACUAUCGGAUUCAGAAGUAUCUGAGAUGCAGUUUGAUGAAGCCCAGUUCUCAACGUUGGGGGUUGAGGUUUAAUGGACAUCAUGAUGUGUCGCUGGGCUGGUCCCACCGUGUAUGUAUCUCAUGUCCAUAUUAAUCGACUUGCGCACUGCGAUGCUUGCUUGUCUGCUUGGGACCAUCACCUAGGGGGACUUUGGAGACACAUUGAAAAUUCUCGAUGCAUUACUUACAAAGUGCAGUGUGGGAACUUCCUGAUUAUCUCCUUUG